AUGAUAAUUGGUAAAAAUUUUUGGGAUGAAGAAAAGGAUGCUCCAAUUCUGAAAAGGAAUGCCAAUUACAUUAAUAAAGAAAACUGCGAAUAUGUUUGUAAACGUGCUGAAAACUUUUAUGAAAUAAUGUUAAGUUAUAUCAAAGAAGAAAUAAAUGUUGAAUUAAAAGAAGACUGUAAUGAUAAAGAAAUUUUAAGAAUUAUUAAAUUAGAUGCUGAAAGAACUUUUAAUAAAGAAGAAAAUAGAUUAUUGUUGAUAGCAGUAUUACAAUCGAUAUAUCCAAUAACAAAUGAUUAUCAUCAAGGUAUAUCUUUCAUAUCAUCCUUUUUGUUACUUUUUUUAGAACCAAAGGAAGUUGUAAAAAUUAUUACAGGAUUACACAAAUAUUAUUUACCCGGUUAUUUUAAAGCAAUGCCAAAAGCAUAUGUACGAGAUUCUCGUGUUUUUUUAAGUAUUUUAAAUUAUUUUAAUCCAAAAUUAUAUGAACAUAUAAAAAAUUUAAUAACACCAGAAGCCUUCGUUUCCAAAUGGUUUAUUGGUUUGAAUGUCCAUGUCCUAACGUUUGAAUCUCUUAUGUUAUUUUUUGAGCAUUUAUUAAAAGAAGGUGAAAUUUUUUUAUUUAAAUAUAGUAUUGCUUUGUGCGGGACAUUGGAACAGGAAAUUAUGAACACAAGUGAUGUCUCCAAACUUCUCGCAUUGUUGCGAUUAGAUCAAAAACUUUUCCCAAAUGAUUAUAAAAAAUCUGAAGCACAAAAAAAUGGAGACUUUUUUUUAAAUAUAAUAGAGGCUUCCUUAAAAGUGGAUAUGACAAAUAUCGAUUUGUGUAAAUUAAGGGAAGAAGCAUGUAAACAGAUGCAGUUAGAGGAGGAAAAAAGAAAACAAAUAGAAAUGGAACGACUCUUAACAGAUGACGAAAUUAUUUUUUCAGACGAGGAGGAAGAUUUCAUAGAGAGUGAGGAUAUAACAGAAACUCGUAGCGAGGGAGGGGAAAAGGAGAAGAGUGGUCAACAAGAGGUAAAGCGAAGUGAUGUUGUGGAAAAGAGAGAAUGUGACAAUGUUGACUGA